AUGGACUCUUUGAAUGAAUGUACUAAAAGCUUUGGGCUUAUAUCAUGUUUUCUAAUUUAUUUCGUUUUUUUUUUAUUUCUUGCAGGCUGUCAUUUUGUGCGGACGCUUUGCCUUCAGGGUAGCGAAGUCUGUUUCGAUGAUAACAUCUUUGGAAAAUGCAUACCGACAACUGGCGUAGAUGUUGAGGUUAUUGAAAAAACACCCCUCACGGAGGAUCAAUCUCACACCCUCGCCACCAUGUUGGAGGAGUUGCAAGGCGCCGGACUCGGCUGGGAUCACCCCUACGUGCAAUGUCGCAUUCAGGGUACCCUCUACUCGCUCCAGAAGCAGACUCAGCUACCACCGAACCUUUGCGCAAACCUCGCACCCACACCAACCGAUAUCGACCCCGCUGGCGCUAUGGCAUUCGUACGCUUCGCACCACCCGAGGAGGAUUAUGUUGACGAAGGUUACUUCUAUCCAACGCUGAAGAAGCAACAGCCGUUUAGAGAAGGCAACAGCCUCAACACCAUACUCCAUGAGUUGCAACUGCAGGACCGUCAGCUCCGUCAUGAUCCACUCGAACUGGCGCAUUUCGGUAAAUUAGAUGCACAGGAUCCUCUUCCUCAAACGGCACCGAAUGUAAUGGAUGUCUUAUUAGAGAAGGAACAAGCGCGCGCACUACGUGAACAAAUGGAACGCGCAGCCGAAAUCGAAGCAGCAGCAGCACAGGCGAAUGCCGCGCGCAACCGUUUGGAACUCUAUCAGAUUUUGGCCGCCUCUGAACCGGAUCCGCAGCCAUAUCAACGCAACCCGAGCAGCGCGAUAGAGAAGUUGGAGCAAGUUGUUGAGCGCGAACGGGAAGCUGCGGCGAAGGCACCAGCACCACCGCCACCAGCGCCGAUUUAUGUGCCCGAUGAGCUGUCGAAUGACUCCAAUGAUCUGUACUUCCCCGAACAUUUUGCCUCCUUCAAACGCAUCUCAGGCAAGAAGGCCAGCGCAGAUAAUGGCAAACCAGUGCAACGUUCAUUCUUCCGCGAGUUGGCAGCCGAGCAAGGUUUGCAACAGGAACCAUUGUUGGCGCGGGAUUUCAGUGAAAAUGCCAUCGAUGAAACCGAUACUCUGUUGUUGCCGGGCUACAAACGCACAAGUCCAGACGAUGAUGCCAGCGAAUCCGAACGCAAGCAAAUGGCUUUCGAGGAGAGUCUCAUACGCAACUCAUUGACGCCGUUCGAAGAGGAAGCGAUGCUCUCCUCAAACACCUAUGCGCAUAAUGCACAGAAGCCGAGACCAGUCUUUACAGAGGGAGGUCUAGUCUAUGUGCCCGAGGAUGAGGAGGAGGUACGCAAAGCCAAAGCACGUGAAAUACUCGCCAGCAUGUUCGGUUUUACGCGACACGAGCGUUUGGAUGUGAAAAAACCGGGACCUAUGAUCGGACCGCCGCCAAAUUCCGUAGAGUCAGCGGGAAAACUGAAUAAGACCGGUGAAGGUGUGAAGGCAGAGAACAAAGAGGUGUUGCCGGCGCAUAUUAGAGGCAGUAAGGAGAGCAGCAAAAUGAAGAAGGUGCUGAAGGAACAUUCCGAUGAAGAUCAUGCUCCGCACACUGUCGACACUGAAUAUGCGCAUGUGUUCGUUAAGAACCCCAUCGACAGCUGGAGUGACGGUGUGCGCAUAAUGAACGAACUGGCCAAUAUACUACAUAUGCAAGGAUACUUCAUUUAUUUAACCGUUCAACCGCACGAAGUCUCUUUCCGGGUGGACUCAAACAACCCCGAACACAAGACCGCCGCCGAUAUAGCGCGCAUUAUUAACGACAAUCGUGGCGUCAAAAAUAAAAUCUUACGCCGCAUAGGCGUCACGGUGCUCCAUGCUGGCGUUGGCGACAAAAUCAAGGACGAUUUGGACGGCGUUACAGCGUCGCGCAUUGAACUUGCCGAGCAGGGACCCGAUGUGACACACAUUAUGGCUUACAUGUUUGCCGGUGCUGGCGCUGCUGCGUUCAUUGUUAUCUUCGUCACGCUAAUACUGAUUAAGCGACACGACAAGAAACGCGACAAGUUGGGUGGUCUCCAGUCAGGCGUUGCUGGCGCAGAGAGUUGCAGCAAAGACUAUCAGGAUUUGUGUCGUGCACGCAUGGCGGGCAAGGGCAGUACGCCAGAGCCGGUGCCAAGCGGUCGUAUAACGUCGUUGAGUAAGGAAAAUGAUCGCCCGCCCUCGUCGCGUUCGAGCACCUCUUCAUGGAGCGAGGAACCGGCGCUGACAAAUAUGGAUAUCUCGACCGGACAUAUGGUGUUGUCUUACAUGGAAGAUCAUUUGCGCAACAAAGGCCGUUUGCAACGGGAAUGGGAAGCCUUGUGCCGCUAUGAAGCCGAACCGAGCGCACGCGAUGCAGCACAACAGCCGCAAUGCGUAAAUUUGAAUCGACCAGGCGCUCCGCUGCCCUAUGACCACUCAAGAGUCGUGCUCAACCAUUUGGCCAACGCCGAAGGUUUGGAUUACAUCAAUGCAUCGACAAUUACCGACCAUGAUCCACGCGCACCGGCCUACGUUGCCGCACAAGGCCCCUUACCAACAACUCUGGCACACUUUUGGCAAAUGAUUUGGGAACAAGGCGCUGUGGUGAUUGUAUCAUUGUGUCGCCUACAAGAGAAUGGUGAGAUCGCAUGCGCACGCUAUUGGCCGGAAGAGGGCGCUGAGGUUUAUCAUAUCUAUGAGGUUCACUUGGUGAGCGAACACAUCUGGUGUGAUGACUACCUAGUGCGCUCCUUCUAUUUGAAAAAUUUGCGCACAAGCGAAACCCGUACAGUGACACAGUUCCACUUCCUCUCUUGGCCGCAAGGUGGCGUGCCGACGCAAGCUAAAGCGCUGUUGGACUUCCGAAGAAAAGUGAACAAGUCCUAUCGCGGCCGCUCCUGUCCGAUUGUGGUGCACGGCAGCGCUGGUGCUGGUCGCACUGGCGCCUACAUCCUGCUCGAUCUCGUGCUGGGACGCAUGAAUAAGGGGGCGCGCGAGAUCGAUAUCGCAGCCACGCUGGAACAUUUGCGCGAUCAACGCGCUGGACUCGUCGCUACGCGGCAACAAUUCGAAUUCGUACUGAUGGCGGUGGCAGAAGAAGUGCAUGCAAUUUUGAAGGCGCUACCAGCAAAUCAAUCGAAUGAGAAACGCGAAUUGGAAGCAAAAGAAACAACUGGCACUUUGAAAGAGGAGGAAGCGGAUAGUGAAGAAGCAGUGGUGGCCACAACAUCCAAGUCGACGGCGAAAUCAACUACGACGCCAGCAGCGGCGCCGGCAACAAAAGAAAAGGAAGAACAGCA